AUGCCUCAAGAAACACAACCAGACUCUUCAGAGUCCAGCUUUCCCAUACUGGCUAUCUCAGUUAUAGGAAUUAUUGCCACAGCCAUUAUCCUCUUUAGCUACUAUGUCUUUGUAACCAAGUGCUGCCUAAAUUGGCAGCACUUUAGAAUCAUCUUCGACAUCUCUCGCUCUGGUCGCCGCCACCGCCGCGAUGGCGGCGGUGGCGGCGACCUUUUCGCCUUCUACUCGGCCAUCAUGGACGCCCAUGGGCUCGAAGAAGGCGCAAUUCAGUCGAUACCGAACUUUCGAUAUCAAAGAGGUCGGGUUCAGUGCUCCUUCCAUGAAUGUUCAGUGUGUCUGAAUGAAUUCCAAGAAGAAGAAAGGAUAAGAAUGCUCCCCAAUUGCUUUCAUGUGUUCCAUAUCGAUUGCAUAGAUACAUGGCUUCAGACACAUAAGAACUGCCCAAUCUGCAGGUCAGAAAUCACAACCACAUCACCAUUACUCACAAAUGAAAUCACAGAGCGUAAUUUCAAUCAGAAUUAUUCUGAUGAAAGGGAGAGCUUGGUAGCUGAAGUGAGGGAAGAUGAAGCAAGGAGAACAGAGAGAAGGUUUGAAGGGAGGACUGUGAGGAAGAUGACUCAAGUUUCAAGUAUGGGAGAUGAGUGUAUUGGCAUGAGAGGUGAAGGGAGGGAGUUUGGAGUUCAGCCAAUGAGAAGAUCUUUCUCUUUGGAUUCUUCCAAUGAUAGAUUGCUCUGCAUUGCAGUUCAGGAGAUAUUGCAAAAUAACAAAAAUUUACAAGCUUUGAGCAAUGGUGAGGGAAGCAGCAAUGGCAAUUCUGGUAAGGUUAGAAGGUCCUUUUUCUCAUUCAGCCAUUCUAAAAGCUCUAAGAGCGCAGUUCUUCCAAUCCAAAGCUAG